CAGGGAUGGGAGAGAUUGUUGGUGGCCAUAUCUGCCGCCCAUUUACCAUGGCUCCACGGGUUUCAUUUUGGCUGUCUCUAUACACAAUUUUAAAUUCAUGUAUGAGUCAUCCCGCGUUACCUAAUUUAACCUUUCCAACAAGGCUUUAAAGGGGAACGCCUCCAUUGUAUGAGAAAACUGAGGCUUAGAGAGAUCAAGCAAUUUGUCUACGGUCACAGCAGAGCUGGAGUCAAGCCCCUCUGGUGCUGGCGCUGUGGGUAUCACCUCAUCCUAUGCUUUCCCCCAACCCCACCUUCCCCCAGAGUGAGGCUCAGCUACUGGACCCCAGAGUCAGGAGCUACCACACCAUUUCUGAAUUAGCUCCCAUGAGGCCCUGGGAGUAUGUUAUGUAGAUCAAAGCAAAAUGUGGGUUAUUAUUUUAAUUAUUUAUAUAGAGAGACCUAAGGAUCUCUAUAACAGUCUUUAUAAACUCAUAAGAGGAUUCAUCGAAGGAUGUGACACUUUUUAUUUGAAGAAUUUUGUCUAGCCAAAGGUCAAGUCAAUGAUGUUGUUUCCCAAAUGCAGUUUGAUCAAUAAUCAUUCACUUUGCAAUCCAUUGACUCUUUUCAUUUUUCAUGCGCUGCUUUGCAUGGGAUAAAAGCUGCAAAUUCUGGAGAGAGAUAAGCACUUUUUUAUGGAGAAAGCUGCUUUGGAAACUAUAAAAUCUCCCCAGCCACACCUCCGCGUUUUAUUGGAUGAUUAAAGAAAAAAAAAUCCAGGGUCAGCUUUACAUUUGUCCCCCAGUGGGUAAAAAUGUCACAGACUGACAGCAGAAGGAAUUGUCUCCACAGAAAUUCAGUUUGAAUCCAGAGGUUCAAAUGGAUUCUGUGAUGCUGCUGGACACCUCAGCUGCGAGGCGAUAGGCACUGGUGAAUGAUCAAUGAGGAAAUCUGUCUGCCCUUGAGGACUGCUUCUAGUGGACAUUCGAGAUCUGGCUGCCUUUUUAAUCACCUCUUCAAUGGCCUCUUACCUCAGUCACCACAGAAGAAAAUUCAGAUAUCUUAAUUUUAAUGAGGGCAUUUGAUCCAGUGCUCAAGAUAAAUAUAACCCUGUGUAGUACGGAGAAGGUUUAGUGGGAAAUGGUUGGCAUUCUUUCUUGGUAAAGGCAUGGGGAAAAGGAGAGAGAGGGAGAGAGAGUGAGGGAGAGAGAGAGACGGAGAGAGAGAGGCAGAGAGAGUGAGGGAGAGAGAGAGGGAGAGAGAGGCAAACAGCGUGGGGAAGACAAAGCACAGAUAAGCGAGGCUCCUUGCAGCCCUUCGUUGAGAACUUGACACUUUCCAGACCGCAGCCAGCAUGGUUGUCCUGAAUCCAGUGACCCUGGGAAUUUAUCUUCAGCUUUUCUUCCGUUUCAUCGUGUCUCAGCCCACUUUCCUCACCAGUGUGCUUCCGAUUUCAGCAGCCCUUCCCGGCCUGGAUCAGAAGAAGCGUGGCGGCCACAGAGCAUGCUGCCUGCUGACCCCCCCGCCGCCCCCUCUGUUCCCACCACCGUUCUUCAGAGGGGGCCGAAGUCCGCUUCUCUCCCCAGACAUGAAGAAUCUCAUCCUGGAACUGGAGACCACACGGCCCCCAUGCGUGCAAGGGUCGCUCAGCUCCCCCGGGCCUCCGGGGCCCCAGGGCCCGCCUGGGCUUCCCGGCAAGACAGGACCAAAGGGAGAAAAGGGGGAGCUUGGCCGACCGGGAAGGAAGGGCAGACCCGGCCCCCCAGGUGUUCCUGGCAUGCCUGGGCCUGUUGGCUGGCCCGGCCCUGAAGGCCCCAGGGGUGAAAAAGGUGACCUGGGGAUGAUGGGCUUGCCAGGGUCAAGAGGACCAAUGGGCUCCAAGGGCUACCCUGGAUCCAGAGGGGAAAAGGGAUCCAGAGGUGAAAGGGGUGACUUGGGUCCCAAAGGAGAAAAGGGUUUCCCAGGACUUCCUGGAAUGUUGGGGCAGAAAGGUGAAAUGGGACCAAAGGGCGAGCCCGGGAUAGCAGGCCACCGGGGGCCCACAGGAAGACCAGGAAAACGAGGCAAGCAGGGGCAGAAGGGAGAUAGUGGAGUUAAGGGCCCACCAGGCAAACCUGGGCCUUCUGGUCAACCUGGCCGUCCGGGCACCCCAGGACCCCCGGGUCCCCCGUCUGCAGGACACCUUGUAAUGGGACCCAAAGGGGAAAGAGGAUUUCCUGGGCCUCCAGGAAGAUGUCUUUGUGGCCCUCCCAUGAAUGUGAAUAACCCUUCCUACGGGGAGUCUGCGUAUGGGCCCAGUUCCCCACGAGUUCCUGUGAUAUUUGUGGUCAACAACCAGGAGGAGCUUGAGAGAUUGAACACCCAACAUGCCAUUGCCUUCCGCAGAGACCAGAGGUCUCUGUACUUCAAGGACAGCCUUGGCUGGCUCCCCAUCCAGCUGACGCCUUUCUACCCUGUGGACUACGCCGUAGACCACCGCGGCUCCUGCGGGGACGGGGUCCUGCAGCCGGGGGAGGAGUGUGAUGACGGGAAUGGCGAUGUGGGUGACGACUGCAUCCGCUGUCGCCGGGCCUACUGUGGAGAUGGUCACCGGCACAGGGGCGUGGAGGACUGUGACGGCUCUGACUUCGGCCACCUGACCUGCGAGACCUAUCUCCCCGGGUCGUACGGAGACCUGCGGUGCACCCCGUACUGCUACAUCGACUCUACGCCCUGUCGCUACUUCACCUGAGGGCCACCGGGAGGAGGCGGCUGCACCCACGGAACUGGCAGCAGCUUCUCCACCCUCGGCAGACUGACCUCGCCCUGUCCUGGUCCGGUUUCCACCACCUUCAUGCAACAGAAACAAGGACAAACUCUUGCUGCUAAGAUGUGCUUUUAACGCAGUCCGACUGGAAGAACCUAGGACCACUGCAUCCUGUCUUAACCCCGAGUACCGGGCCUCCUCCACACGCCCAUCGCGACCCUCCGGCCAGACCGACGGCCUGCGGGGCCCUCCCUUCCGAAUAUCGUGGACUUGGCUUUGCACUGUUAGGCACACAGACUGUUGGAGAUUGCUCCCGUCCGCUGGGGGCAUCUGGGGCGCAGGCCUCUCGUCUCCUCUGACCUCUGGAAAUGUGGGCAUUCUCACCUGGCAGCUGGCCGGGGCUCCCCGGGCCUGGGAACCACAGAGCAGGGAAGUGGGCCUGUUCUUUGGGGGUGGCCCCCAGAUCUGGGCCCAGCUAGGGAGCCCCCCACCCCGCAGCUAACCACAGCCCAGCGCGGCCUCGUGUGGAUGCGGCCUCCCCAGGCAGAGCCCCAACUGUGAAUAAGUACCGAGACCGCCGCCAAACCCUGGGGUGCUGGGGUGCUUACCGUGUAGACGAAAGCAGAGCAGUGGCCUUCUUUUCGACGUUUCCCGAAGGGGCUGCUCUCGGGGCCUCCCCAUCCCCGGUACCACCCUGACCUCCUGGCUCUGCGCACUUGGACCUCCGUCCUAUGAAUGUCCCACGUGUCCAUUUCUCCUUCAGGACAUUGGCUAGCAGGCCGGCCACUGGUGUUUCCUGAGUCCUUUGGAAACUGCCGCCUGGUUUCCCGUCUGGGCCCCACGACUGAGUACAUGCUCCGGGCAGAGACGGCAUCUGUCCUGGGCGCCAGCUCCUGGCUGCCUGCUGACUCCCGUGAGCCCUGUGACCUCCCUCCCUGUCUUCGUGGUGCACAGUCUUAUCCUCGUGUGCGUGCGCCCGAGCCCCCGUUUCUACAGGAUCGUUAGCCCUGCGUGUCUGUGAGCUGCCUUUCAUCACCAUAUUUCCUGAGUGAGGCUUAGCUUUGUUUGGGAAAGACGUCUUACCCACGGCA